AGCGGAAGAUUCGAUAUAAAUCGUAGAUGAUGGGAAACUACGUGAAUCUAACCUAACCUUAUGUAAACUUUAACCUCAUCUAAUUUAUAGUGACUUUCAUCAAAAUCCGAUUCUAGUCCAAUGUAAUACUAACCAAUCACAAAGUAGCUGGUUACAUGGACAGGUUGGCACCUGUUAUUCCAGACUUUCUAGGCUGCGUUCUUUUUGAGCGUCUACGCGCUGUUCACAUGCGUGCGUAUCUUGCGUAAGCGUAACUUGCAUCAACCAAUCAAAUCAUCUAAAUUACCCAAUUACCACGGCGGAUUUGACGGAUUGAUGCAAGUUACGCAACAUAUGAAAGCACCUUUAAUCCUAAAUGAGCAUGAGCAUUAGAUGACAAUUGGCGGGAUUUAACGUUGCGUGUGGUAUUAUUCGUUUUCUAUCAUCAUUUAAACUAAAAAUUCAUAAGACAAUUUGUUCAUUUAUAUAUACUGUUUUGUUCAACACAUAGUGUGACAAGGUGUGCCAUUUAAUACUUUUACGUUGUGCCAUAAUUUACCCUUUUAUAAAAAAAAAACGUGAAAUGACGAAAGUAACGUGACACUAACCUUUUGAAAAAACCAGCAUAUUUACAUAAUUCUUGGAUAUAUUAGAAUAUCUUAAAUAAAAACAUGGAAUAUACACUACAAGAUGCGCUUGGAACAUUAAAGGACAAAAAAGAUGAACAAGAGAAAAAUAUAGAAGAAUUGACAAAUAUAAUGUCAAACAAUGAAGUUCAAGCUUUACAAGCGUCCAUCUCGAACGAAGAUUUACAAAAAAAGAGAUUAAGGAUAUUACAGAGCCUUAUGACAGAAAUACAGCAAUUACAACUUCAAGAUUUUCCUGUUCUAAGAACAAAUGAUAUGCACACUGAAGUUGUUAAAGAUAUGGAGAAUGAAAUUCAAAAUAUGCAUGAAAUGCUUAAAAUAUUUGAAAAAACACUUCUUGAUAUUCAAGAAGAUAUUAAGUAUUUAAAAAAUAAGAAAAGUGGACUCGAUAAAAUGCGAGAAGCUUACGUGGGUUUCACAGAAACUUUUGCAGAUAGAACAUAUAAAAAUGAACAGAUCCUAACGAAACGCAUAUUUCAAAGUGUGAAAGAUGAUUUGUAUUCCGUAGUUGACACGAUUUUUCCUAAGAAUGACGAAUUUAAGGAAUUUUUAGCGACGUUAACAUCAGCCUACAUGAAGGGCGGUGAUGAUGUUUACGUGAAAGUCAGACCGGAGAUUUUAGAUUGUGUAAAUUUUCUACUGGAAGCUGACAUAGCACAACAACACCGUAACGACAAAACUCAAGUUAGAAUGACCGAGUUAUUGUGAUGUCAAAUAAGUAUUAUUUAUUCGUUAGUUUUUAUUAUAAUAAUUAAGGGGUCGUAAGAAUGCAAAGCAAAUGUAAUCGUGAUUAAUUAAUUAGCGCUAAAACCGCCAAAUAACAUAGC